AUGGCUCCUCGGGCCAAGGGGCCUGGACCUCUUCAAGCCGCUCUUGAGGCCGCUUGGAAGGGAGUCGCCUCUGUGCAUACAGAAGUGAGCCUUGUUCGAAUAUCUACCGCUGGCACCCGCCGAGAACGACUCAGAGCACUGCUUUCUGAGCUGCAAUUCCUGUGUGGCCUCUUGAACUGCAUCUUCUGUCUGUCUCUCAACUUGCAGGCACCAGACCAGGAACCUGUCAGCGGCCCGUUCGACUAUGCCAUUUUGGCCGGCAUCGCGCAUGUGGUCAAGGACAUUGCGGAUAACUCGGCCACGGCCCCGGACGAUGGAUUGGUCACGAUGACGGUGAAUGUGAGGUUUUAUAGAGACCUAGUUUCACAAAUCGCGACCUUUGCGGCCUACGACCUGGCCACCCUUCACCAAACCCUCCUAGAGGGACGUCCCACCCCGCCCUCAACCUCGACAGCUCCCACCGUGGAAGAUCUUGUUCCUUCUCUGGAGAAAUGGCUAGACGUGCUAAACUCUAGGCACUAUGAUCGUACUAUGCUCGAGUGGGCUUCCGAGCGUGGCUUGGUUCGGGCCCGUCGAGAGUUUGACCCCGGGUACCAACGUGCCGUGACGGGAUGGGUCAAGUUUGCGAGGACCAACUGGGAGCCCAUCAGGGCUUCUGUGAAGCAGCUUUUUGCUAUUCCGGCUACCAAUAAUUUCAUACAGUGGGCUGUCGAGUUCGCCAGAUCUUCGUGGCCUUGCGUCUAUGACUUUGAUGCGCCUACAGCUCAGCCCGUCGUCGCGUUGGUGAAUGAUGUAUCCUUGGGCAAAGUCACUCCUCUACAUUAUGCUUCCAUGAUGGGGCUGACUGGCGUUGUCACGGAUCUCCUGUCUAAUCUCCAGGACACCAACCUCGUCAAUAUGACUGGCCGUUUCGGGACCCCGUUAUACUGCGCUUUGGUCGGGCCUCGUGUGAUGCUAUUUGGAUGCGAGCCAUCGUCCUGGGGCUCCUUGAUUGUUGAAAUGGAGCCUGCGGAUGCAGCUCUCAUCAAAGAACUAUUGUCAAGCGGCGCUUCGGGAAACGCCAGCAUCUGUAUGCCAAACAUGGAGAGCCCGAUUCCACUGGCUCAUAUCGCAUUUGUGGCGGCCACUAUCCUCGAAGACCCCGACGUCUUCACCAAGGCCGUAGACACAACCCACCCCCUUCAAGAGGACUUCACCCUUAUGCUGAUUAGCUCCUCCAUAUUUGAAGACAAGGCUGGCUCAAAACCCUUCAUGAUGGCCAGGCUUGCAACUGCAGCCUUUGACCAGGCCAUGGUCAACGCUGGUGACAGUUUGCCGUGGGAGGGCGAUGAGGUUUGCGGCGCUAUUUGGGAGUUUAUGUACCUACAAGACCUGGAAUUCGACACGGAGGAGAAUGUUUCGCUACCGUUUAUCAGCGACGGCGACUUUGAGUCUGUGGUGCGGCAGUGCGUAAUUGACGCUCACGCCGUCAUCGGCGAGAAGGCCGUCUACCUUGAGCGACUGGUCAAGGACAGACGCUUCGAUCCGAAUCUUCUUGCUCGCGAGGAUGGCGAUGAAGAAGGCACCAUUUUGCAUUUGGCCGUCAGUGGCAUGAACCACGUCGUGCUGGACGAACUCUACCUCGCCUACGCUGAUUUUACCGCCGUGGAUUCGCAGGGCCGAACUCCCCUGAUGGUCAUCGAGCACCCGGCAACCUUGGAAGUCCUCGUAAAGCAGUACAAGGUCACGACUACGGCCAAGAAUAACGACGGCCAGAACAUUUGGCACCUCGCAGCUGCCACGAACGACGCCGCGAUCCUCUCUUGGCUCUGCGAGAAUGACCCAGACAAGUCCGCCAACAUCAACGUCGUUAGCAACGCUGGCCGCACACCGCUAGCCGAAGCACUCUUGUGCUUUGCGAUUCUCGACCGAGGUGGCCGGCACAAGCCAACUGCGGCGGCGGCCAAGACGCUGCUAGACGAGGAACUAGUCGACACCAAGCUCGGGACCGCGAACCUGCCAAUGACACUGGCGGACAUUACCGCUCAGUGGGGAGAUGCCGAGCUGGUCGCCAAGCUCAUUGCCGCUGGUGUGGACAUUUAA